CCUUGUGCACAAAGAAUUCAGCACUGGUACCUUAAGCUCUGUGCCCUAUUCAUCAACUCUAGCCUGCAGUUUCUAAACAUUUUUACUUGGUUCCUUCUGUCUGCAGCUAAAAAAAUGGUUGAAGCAUUGUGUGCCACUUGGAAACUAACUGACAGUGAGAACUUUGAUGAGUACAUGAAAGCACUAGGUAUUGAUUUUGCCACCAGAAAAAUUGGUAUGGUAACUAAGCCAACCAUUACAAUCAGCAAGGACGGGGACACAUUUACAAUUAAGACAGAAAGUACAUUCAAGAACACAGAAAUCAGCUUUAAGCCUGGAGAAGACUUUGAUGAGCAUACUCCUGAUAACAGAAACUGUAAGUCUACUGUGACCGUAGAUGGAGAUAAGUUAGUACACGUCCAGAAAUGGGAUGACAAACAGACAACGUUUACUAGAGAGGUUCAGGAUGGCAAAAUGGUCAUGACUCUCACCAUUGGAGAUGUUGUAGCUGUUCGCACGUAUGAGAAAGCAUAGACAUCAUUUCACAUUCUGACCUGUUUUCUGCAAGCAGAUCAUACGACCUACAGAGAUGGCAGCUGUUUACUGUGCAUAUGAAUAUGCACCUUGACAGUCUAUGUUUCCUUUGCAGGUCCACUACAGCACAUAUUUUUUUGUAACUGGAACAGAAAAUAAUUUACAGAGUUCCUCUAUUUUGUCUGAUGAAAAGAAGAUAAACAUUUUUAUAUGAAAUACGAUUUUCUGAAUGUGAAUGCAAAUGUAAUAAAUAUAUUUCACCUAAA